UGCAGUUGUGGUUUUCUACUACUUCCGUUAAGAUUUUGGCAUAGUUCGGCGCCUCGCAAGGAACUAAUGACGGCCGAAGUACAGCAGCCUUCAGUGCAGACCCCUGCCCAAAGCAGUCCAAUGUCUGCGCCGGAAAAACCGCACGGUCAGACGACGGUGAUGGAGACAGCCUCAUCCACCACCAAAACCAAAAAGACAAAUGCUGGAAUCCGUCGCCCCGAAAAACCACCGUACUCAUAUAUAGCCCUGAUUGUAAUGGCGAUACAAAGCUCUCCAACUAAACGCUUGACUCUGAGUGAGAUUUACCAGUUCCUCCAGAGUCGCUUUCCGUUUUUCAGAGGGUCAUACCAAGGCUGGAAAAACUCCGUGAGACAUAACUUGUCUCUGAACGAAUGCUUCAUCAAGUUGCCCAAGGGUCUUGGAAGACCCGGAAAAGGGCAUUACUGGACAAUCGACCCUGCCAGUGAAUUCAUGUUUGAGGAGGGAUCUUUCCGCAGGAGGCCAAGGGGCUUCAGGCGUAAAUGCCAGGCACUCAAACCUUCGAUGUAUAGCAUGAUGAACGGUCUUGGGUUCAAUCACCUACCAGAGUCUUAUAACUUCCAGGGUAGCGGCGGUGGACUAUCUUGUCCUCCAAAUAGUUUAUCUUUGGAGAGUGGAAUUGGGAUGAUGAAUGGACACCUGGCUGGCAACAUGGAGGGAAUGGGGUUGGCAGGACACUCUAUGUCGCAUUUAUCAGCCAACAGUGGACAUUCCUAUAUGGGGAGUUGUACAGGAUCCACGGGAAGCGAAUACCCUCAUCAUGAUAAUUCUGCGUCACCCCUGCUGACCAGCGGCGGAGUAAUGGAACCUCAUCCCGUCUACUCAAGCACAACCUCGGCAUGGGCUCCUGCGCCUUCUGCUUCUCUAAAUAAUGGUUCAUCGUACAUAAAACAGCAACCGCUAUCUCCAUGCAACCCUGGAGCGAAUCCCCUACAGCCGAGCCUAACAUCACACUCAUUGGACCAGUCAUACCUUCACCAGAACGGGCACAGCACUACCGAUCUCCAAGGUAUUCCACGGUAUCACUCCCAGUCCCCAAGUAUGUGUGACAGGAAGGAGUUUGUCUUCUCUUUCAACGCGAUGACAUCGUCAACCAUGCACUCGCCUGGAAGCGGCUCAUACUAUCAUCACCAACAAGUCGCCUACCAGGACAUCAAGCCUUGCGUGAUGUGACAGCACUAGUAAUGAAUCAGUUUCACUGCAACACUGACAAAGAGCCACUAAACCCUUCAGCGGCUGCAUGGUGCCAAAACGAACCCAAGCCUACAUAGCUGGAGAGCUGGUGGCCAAAGCGCUGUGAAAUGACGCGGAGCCGAAAAGGUCGCAAAUGAACUCUACAACAUCAAAAGCAAUAAACAAAUGCUCUCAAAAGUCGGUACAAGACAUACCGUGCGUGAUCCGUGAUCAUCCUGCGUCUAAUCACCACCAUGCCGGUUCCCUUUCUGUCUCCGGUAAGGUGAGGGGCAAUGAUCACAGGAACGGAAAGACUUAUUUCCAGGCAUGCCUCAUGCCACUGGUUAAGGUAAUGGCGUUAAUAUCUUAAAUAAUUUCAGUGCAUCUCAGUCCCAACAGCCGCUUGGUACUAAUUCUGCUGGCGGAUGACUACACCUUGAGGAACUCUCUCCUAACGAAAGAAAGAAAUAUACACUAUCAUGUUUAUUUUGUCUAGUCCAACGGGAACUGAAUAUCGAAUUAACAUGUCACCAAUGUUUUUCAGUGCUGAAUGAAGUGUUAAAAUUAUGAACGUCUUUUCCCACAAUACGGGCCAAAUCCGUUCCUAGUUCUGAACC